CUCCUCCCGCGGCGUGCGCGGCCUCGGCGCUACGCGAGCGCGGGGAUCGGCCGUGGCCUACGGGCCGCCAUGGCCGGGGAGGUGAAAACCAAGCUGUCCAAGAACCUGCUGCGCAUGAAGUUCAUGCAAAGGGGUUUGGAUUCACAAACUAAAAAACAACUAGAAGAAGAAGAAAAGAAGAUAAUUAGUGAAGAACACUGGUAUCUUGAUGUACCAGAUCUAAAGGAAAAAGAGAGCUAUAUAAUAGAAGAGAGAAGCUUCCUGCGAUGUGAGGAUCUCGUUUAUGGCAGAAUGUCCUUCAAAGGAUUCAAUCCAGAAAUUGAGAAGUUAAUGAUCCAAAUGAACUCAAAGUGCAAGGAAGAAGAAAUUGAAGAGGAUGAUAAAAUGGAGGCUGAUGUGUCAGAUGAAGAAAUGGCCAGAAGAUAUGAAACAUUAGUGGGAACAAUAGGGAAGAAAUUUUUGAGAAAAAGGGACCAACGUGUACUCAAGGAUGAUGAUGAAGAUGAUGAAGUUGAAGAGGGGAAUAGUAACACAAGACCUAGUAAAAGAGCUAAGAAAAUGUUCUUAAAACCUCAGGAUUAAUGUCAACUGCACAAGUGGAGAUUGUUACCUAAUGCCUACCAAGCAGAGUACCAAGAACUGGAGAUUGUUUGGAGUUUUUGCUAUUUAAUGUAAAGGGUGGAUUUGUAAAUCUGUUCUAUUCUCAUUGAAAUUUCUGCCAUCCACAGGACAGACACUUUAAAAGUGGGUGUUUAUAUAAUGGAUGUUGUACAUCCUUUCCUCUCUCAGCAGCUUUUCAUGAGUGGGACACUCAUCCCCUCAGUCUCUUUAAAUGUUCUGCAUAGUUAAAUCCAGUGUUGCAUGCAAUCAAAAGCAACAUUAUUUGCAACUUAGGAUGACAUCUGAAAGAAGUAUUUGGAGUAAAGAUGAGCUGUAUCCAAUUCAGUAAGGCAGUUCAGCUUUCACUGCUUGCUUUAUUAUGAAAAUGAAACCUGCACUCUCUUCAAAUUGAAAAAAGUCAGCAGAAACAAGCUUGGUUUGUGGGCUUUUUUACUGUGCUAGAAGUAAGAUGGGAGAAGAACAGAGAGAUAAAAUCCACUUUAUUGAAUUUUAUUUUUUAUAAAGUUUAUUUAAAAAUAGAGGAUUUUGUAGUGAAACUUUUUUUUUAUACAUCAUGCCAAAUAUUGGGCAACGUUUAUAGUUUGACAUCUGAGCAGAUUGUUUUAGUUUCUGCCUUCCAAAAGAAGUUUGCUAAUUUUGCCUCUUUUUCAGCAAAAAAAUCCAAUCUUAUAAUUAUGUAAGUCUUGUCAUAAAAGCAUAAUAACAGUUUCAGAAACAUACUUGAAAGCUGAAUAAAAACUGUGGGGUUUUGUGUUAAUGAUUGUGGAAUAGCUUAUUUAAUAUAAAAAAAUUAUGUUUAAUACAGUCUGAUACAAGGAGUGAUCCUGUUUUGUGCUGGCCACAGAUGUCCCCCAACAUUAGCUGAGUGCAGUGAUUUUAUUUAGCAUGUGAUGAAGCCAUCUGUAGUAUUAGGAUAGAAACACCAUUCUCUUUGGUCAGGUGAUGCUCUGGGCCUGUUGAAAAACAUCUGUGUGGUCUUGUCUAAAAUCAUAGCACUUCUCUGUGUACGGCCUUUCAACAAGAAAUAUUGCUAUUGCUACAUUUCCUCAGCAUGUCCAAGCUACUCAUCCUUAAUGCUGGCUCUCUGGAGAAAGAGGAAUUUGCUAAUUGAAGUGAGGAGUGGCCAUUCUGCCAUGGGCACAAGGCUUUUUUUGGUCUUUUUUGAACAGCUCAAUGAAGCAAGACGUGAAACUCAGUUAUUCAAAGAAGGACACACCGUGUCUGCUGUAUUUUGCAUGUGAUCUAUGAGCUGUGAUUCAUUUAUCAGGAGCACCUAAUUAGAUAUUCAAGAUGGAUCACACAUGGAAAGAGAAAUAUACUUUUAACCUAGUAAGGGGACUUCGUGCAGGUGGAAAGGCUGUGAUUCAUGAUCUGAGAUAGUUUUUCAGAGCUAAUUAAAUGCUACUGGUUCAAUUACUUAAAACCUGAUCAUAUAUUACUGCUAGCUGAAAAGGAGUUAAUGAUGGCAAGACAUUUUUCUUCCCAUGGAAGAUGUGACCUGAGCUAUGAAAUGAUUUAUUGUUGGUCAUCACAAGAAAAACUUGGAAUAUAUUCCAUUAUUCUUUCUUGCUUAUAAAGUAGGAAAAUGAUUCCUCUC